AUGAACAACCUCAGAAGUUUCCUCCCCUCCGUGGAGAAGGGCUACCUGCCCUAUUACCUUAUGGUGGUCGCCACCGCCGCCAUCGGAAAUGCCGUCCAGAACCUCGUGACCCUGCACUAUACGCGCCGCAUCUACAACGGCACCUUUGUGCCCAACCCGGCCCUCAGCCGCCCCGGCGCAUCCGCUCCCGCGGCCAGCAAGCACAGCAACCCGGAGGACCGCGUCGAUAAGCUCGUCCCGGCCUCGGCGACGGGCAAGGACGUCGAGAAGGCGCGGGACCAGGUGACGCCCCUGGCGGCGCGCAUCUUUGGCGUGUGGACCAUCAUGGCCGGCGUGAUCCGGCUCUACGCGGCCUACGACAUCACCAACCCGGCGCUGUUCCAGCUCGCCUUCUUCACGCACGCCAUCGCCGUGGUGCACUUCACCAGCGAGGUGCUCGUGUUCAAGACGAUGAGGCCGAGCCGGGAGCUGCUGGCGCCGAUGGCCGGCGGGCUCAGCGGGCUGAUCUACAUGAGCCUGCAGUGGAAGCACUAUAUGGGCUGA